ACCCGAUUGCACAUGCUUCAUAGAUCGUAUGACACAAGAACAAGUGGUCUGAUAUCUUGCUCAUCGAUACAAGGCCGGCAGCUUAUUACAACGUCGACAUCCAUACUUAUUAAACUAGCUUUAUCACCCAAUGAAGAACUACAAAUCAUUCCAUCCACUUCCCACGAUCUUCUUCAUAAUUGUAGCUUCUCUGCUUCUGAAAUAUCUCCUGUCUAUUUCCAAACCGCUAUCGACUGACUUCAGCAUGUUCUCCUCAUCUCCUAAAAACAAAAAUAAAAUAGCAAUAGUGAUCGGAUCCGGUCUUGCUGGUUUAGCCGCCUCCUCUCAACUUCUUUCACAGGAUGGCGAUAUCGAAGUCCAUCUUCUUGAACAAGCAGCCAGGACUGGAGGAAAUAGCAUAAAAGCAUCUUCUGGGAUCAACGGUGCAAAUACAUUGUUUCAACUUACAUCAAACCCUCCUCUAGAAGAUAGCGUGGAGAAGUUUUAUGAUGAUUCGGUGAAAUCGGCUGGGGAGGUUAUGCAGAGUAAUAGUGGUGAUGGUGAGGAGAGGAAUGCAAGGGAGCGCUUAAUUAGGUUGCUGAGUGAGGAAUCCAAGGGGGCAGUUGAGUGGUUGGGGGCUAAGGGUGUGGAUUUUAGUGUGGUCGCUCAAUUGGGGGGACAUACCGUUGCCAGGACGCAUAGAGGAGGAGGAAAGUCUAAACCACCUGGUGCGGCAAUUGUAGGAACGCUUCUGGAAGAAUUGAAAGGAAACGAUAGGUUUCAUCUUAAGACUUCGUGUAAAGUGGUUAAAGUACUACAGGAUGUCAAGAACGAAGUGGUCAUGGGUGUGGAGUAUAUGUACGAGGAUCAAAAUGUACCACCCAAAACCGAAAAUUUGAUUGGCCCUCUAAUCUUCGCUACUGGUGGCUUCGCCGGCGAUGCAUAUGGAAUGCUAGCACAAUACCGACCGGAUUUAUCCGGAUUUCCGUCCACCAACGACCCACGCUCAGGGUCUCAAAGGCUCCUCACAGAUAUCGGAGCUGGACUUAUCGAUAUGGAGAAAGUGCAAGUUCAUCCUACCGCAUUUGUGGAUACGAAAGAUAUCAACAGUCCGACGAAAUUUCUUGCUGCGGAGAUGUUAAGAGGUGAGGGAGGCAUACUUUUGAUGGACGGGAGGAGAUUUGUAGAUGAAUUGGAAACAAGAAAGGUUGUAACAGAGAAGAUCAUGGAGUUUGAGGAAAUGGAAAGGGAAGAGGGAAAGCCGAGGCAGUGGGAUUUAAAGCUCGUGAUCGAGGAAGGGGUAUAUGAGAAAACCAAAUCGCAUGCAGACUUUUAUUUGUGGAAGGGCUUGAUGAAGAAAUGUACCAUUGCUGAAGCAAAUUUGGGAGAAGAGGCAGUGGGUACUUUGCAGAGGUAUGCAGAUGUAGCGGCAAAAAAAGUCACAGAUAAGUUUGGGAGGAAAACUUUUGGAUAUUGGAAGUUGGAUGAGGUAAAGUCUGAUUCAGUAAUAUACGUUGGAAGGGUUACGCCAGCAAUUCACUUCACAAUGGGUGGAGUGAGGAUUGAUGAGGAAUCGAGAGUUUUAAAUACGGAAAAGAAGGUGAUUCCAGGAGUUUGGGCGGCAGGUGAGGUGACCGGGGGAAUUCAUGGGGAUAAUAGAUUAGGUGGUAGUUCGUUGUUGGAAUGUGUUGUUUUUGGACGGAGGGCUGCCGAUGGGGUUUUGAAGUCACUGGUUUGUUGAUGAUACUGAAUUAAGAGGCGGUGUUUAUGAUCCUUAAUCAUUACUGAAAGUAGAGAGUAAGGCGCACAAUCUUUCAUAGGUCUAGUCGUAUAGCAAAUCAUCUUUUUGUCUAUAAACUCAGUGAGUCUUC